AUGACUACUUCACUGUUGAUCUUCUCUUUGGCGCUGAUCGCGGUCGGAUCAUGUGGACGUCUUGAGCCUCAGUACUUACCACCAAGGCCUGGUGGCGGCGGCGGUGGUGGCUUUGGCAAUGGGGGCUUGGGAGGAGGGGCCGGGGGAGGUUCAGGCGGGGGUGCUGGGAGCGGCUUCGGCGGAGGAGCCGGCGGCGGCUCAGGAGGGGGAUUCGGAGGAGGAUCAGGAUCUUUUGGCGGUGGCAGCGGCGGCGGCAACCAGAUACCGAUCACCAAAUUCGAGAAUGUCAACAACGGCGAUGGAACUUACCAUUUCGACUACGAAACCGGCAACGGAAUAUCAGCGCACGAGAGCGGGGCCCCGCGUGCUCAAGGCCCCGAAGGCCUCGCAGUCACAGCCGAGGGCGGGUUCUCCUUCAAGACCCCUGACGGGCAGCAGAUCUCCCUCACCUACACCGCAGACGAGAACGGCUUCCACCCCGUAGGACCCCACCUCCCCACCCCUCCGCCAAUCCCCGAAGAGAUCCUCCGCUCCAUUGAGUUCAACAAGCAAAACCCCUCGUCCGAGGGCUCAUACAAUGGCGGCGGCGGCGGUGGCGGUUCCGGCAAGGGAUCCGGCUCAGGCGGGAAUGGAAACGGCUACCACUACUGAUCUCACUCACAACUCACUCAGCUAACCUUAGAACUCGCAAGCAAAUGCAGGAAGGCGUAAAAAUAAAUGUACAAAAGUACCUAUAUAAAUGUACGACGUUGCUGUCUCGAAUUGGAUUUGCAGUAAGCUGGAAUUGAAAAGAAGAAUAGUGUUUGUGACAGGCAUGUAUGCAAGAAUAUUAAAGAAACUUGAAAGAUCGCAUAUGAUGACCAGCAAAAAAGGCUCACAAAAGCCAGUUACUAUUGAAAGUGGCCAAUGGAUGAUAUGAAAACUCAUGUAAGGAAUGUUAAAGGUCGCCUUUAGAAGGGUCGCUUGACCGCAAUUACAUGUAGUGCAUUUGCCUGCGAUUUCAAAGCAAUUUUAGCUAAUGGGACAUCGGACCGACGAUAAUGACUGCUGAACCGGGGAGGACUGUGAUACCACGACGAAACUCGCACUGUUUAUUUAUUUAGUAAAUAAUUGUAGUCUGUCAAUGUAAAUAGGCAUGGUGUAUGAAUAAAC